CUGGAGCCUGUUUAGAGGACCGAGACGGAGAGAGAAGGAGGGAGGACAGAAGGAGAGAAGAGCGAGAGGAGGAGGAACAAGUCCCUGCGUCCAGGACCCGUCCACCUAUAUGGGUUGCGUCCUGAGUUCGGACUGGUGUGGGGAGGAAGAGGUCCAACCUGUGCCGGUGGUCAGAAACCCGUCUCUGAAGAGAAGGAGCCUGGAGAGGAGUGAGAGUGGCAGGAUGAGGCUGACAAAGGGGGGGAAGGGGGAGCCCCACGUCUUCAAGGAAAAGACCUUCAAGAAGAAGCGGCAGUGCAGCAUUUGUCGUCAGAACAUCGACAACGUCGGCUCCUUCUGCAGAGUAUGCAAGACAGCCACCCACAGAAAGUGUGAGGCCAAGGUGACCUCUGCAUGCAUCCCAGCUCCCUCCAAUGAUCUGCAGCGUAGAGGGACCGCUCCUUCUCGACACACCCAGCACCUGGGGUCCACCAAGUCUCUGACCUAUACCAAACAGAGAAACACCCUGCCGAGGAGCUUCAGUGUGGACCGCGUGAUGGAGAGGGUGAUGGAGCGCCACUAUGACUUCGAUCUGACCUACAUCACUGAGAGGAUCAUCUCCGUUUUCUUCCCCCCGAAGCUGGAGGAGCAGAGAUACCGUCUCAACCUGAAGGAGGUGGCUGCCAUGCUCAAGUCCAAACACCAGGACAAGUUUCUGCUCCUGAACCUCUCCGAGAGGCGCCACGACAUCUCCCGAAUAAAUCCAAAGGUUCAUGACUUUGGCUGGCCGGACCUCCACGCCCCACCACUGGAUAAGAUCUGUGCCAUAUGUAAGGCCAUGGAGACGUGGCUGACCUCUGACCCCCAGCACGUGGUGGUCCUGCACUGCAAGGGCAACAAAGGUAAAACAGGGGUGAUCAUUGCAGCCUACAUGCACUACAGCAAGAUCUCUGCAGGGGCGGACCAGGCUCUCAGUACUCUGGCCAUGAGGAAGUUCUGUGAAGAUAAGGUGUCCUCUUCCCUCCAGCCGUCCCAAAACAGGUAUAUCUAUUACUUUGGGGGGCUUCUGUCCGGGGCGAUCAAGAUGAACAGCAGCCCUCUCUUCCUCCACCAAGUUCUCAUCCCAUCACUCCCCAACUUCCAGGGUGAAGGAGGUUACUACCCCUUCUUGAAGAUCUACCAGUCCAUGCAGUUGGUCUACACUUCAGGCAUAUAUGACCUGCAAGGCACUGGAGGCAGGCGUCUGUGUGUGACCAUCGAACCGGCGCUGCUGCUGAAGGGUGACAUCAUGGUCAAGUGCUACCACAGGAGAGCCCAGAGUGCUGACAGAGACACUGUGUUCAGGUUACAGUUCCACACCUGCACCAUCCACGGAUCCCAGCUCUGGUUUGGCAAAGGGGAGUUGGAUGAAGCUUGUACAGAUGAGCGUUUUCCUUCUGACGCCACAGUUGAGUUUGUCUUCUCCUCCGGCCCUGAGAAAAUCAAAGGCCGCGAGUACCAGAAGAACGACCCGGCUGUCACAGUCGACUACAACACCGCUGACCCAGUGGUUCGCUGGGAUUCCUAUGAGAACUUUAACCAGCGAUACCAGGACAGCCUGGAGGAUAUUGCCCACACCAGAGGUCCUCUUGAUGGCAGUCUGUACGCUCAGAUAAAAAAACGCAGAGGACCCAGCUCUGGAUCUCUCACCUCGACCAAUGGCAGCAACCCAGCGGCAGGCCUCGCAGAAGAUAGGCCAGAUCAUCUCAUCGCCCAAGGCUCUGACUCUGCCCAUUCCAUCCACUUAAACCAAUCAUCCAUUCAUCCUGACCGCCAGGAGGAGCCCAUUCGCUUGCCGCCCCCAACCAGACAGGAGAGAGAGGAGCUCGAACGUCUUCUCGGAGGCAUAGAGGGAAACCAAGAUGGAGAGCGAGAAACUGCCAUCUUGGAUGAUGGAGAUUCUCUGCCCUCUGGGACGCUGAGGCUCAAUCGGUCCUGCUCCUGCCGGGAUGGUUACCGGUCCCAGCGCUGUGCCGAGCCCGGCUGUGACCGCACACUCCUCAUGCCUAAUGGCUACUGCCUCGAUCGGGCUCCUGGCACCAACGGGCACUACGGGGCAACCCCUUCUGCCAGCCCCAGCCCAGCUGCUCCUCCAUCACACAUGGAUCUGUGCCAGCACUACAGCCCCCACCCUCACCAGUCCCUCCCACCUCCAGACCUCGUGUGGGACCGCCAGAGCGGCCCCGCGCACUACCUACGCCGCUCCUGCUCGGAGGCUCCCUCAUCUCGCCAUAUCUGUCCAUACCCAUCACCAGACCUUACCCCUCACUCUCACAACCACCCGCAUCACCACCCUCUGUCUGCGCCGGGUCGCCUCUACUGUCGGGAAGACGACUACGGUCCCUACCACCACCCUCCUCCACCUCACGGUCACCACCAUCCCCACUCACACCACCCCAAACCCUCCACCAGCCCUACUUACCACGACAUAAUGCUAAUGGAUGGUCUGCCACCCCCUGGCUGCCCUUGCAGAGACUGCAGCAUCAGGAGAGAAGAGUCGGCAGCUUAUCACAGCCUGAGGCUGGACCGCAGCGACAGCUUCCACUGGGACAGAGAGACGGAGCUUCAGCAGAGGGAGGUGGGGCUUAGGAGAGCCAGGGAGGCGGAGUUACCCAGAGGCUCAGAGCUCCACUGGGAGAGGGAUCCUGGGCUGAGACGAGGCAGAGAGUUGUCCCUCCACUGGGAGAGAGACAGGGAGGCUGAGCUGCAGUGGGAGAGGGACAGAGAGGCUGAAUAUUGGCACAGGAGGGCCACCGUAGCCUCCUACGGCCCACAGGGUCACGAUCUUCCAGCCUUCACAUUUGACCCCUUGCCAUCAGGUCACCCGGCUUAUCCAGAGGCGUCAAGGUCCCACGCUCAUUCCCACCUGGACCUGAAGUACAGCAGCAGCAGCAGCGGUUACCAAACCCCCCGCCAGGUGUGCCCCUGCUCACCUUACCAGCCCUCGCCGUCUGAAAGCAGGGGCUACGCCUCAGGCUACCAGUCCGAGUCCACGUCCCCACUGCCUCCGGCUUCCUCCAUGACUGGGUCCUGUGGCCAUAGCAACGGGCCAGCAGAGCAUAACCAUAACCACCACCACCCCCAUCCAGACUCCCAGCAGUCAUAUGGCUCUGACUCACACACUGAUGGCCUACGGAGCUCUGGUGAAAGUGUGGGCUGGAGGGAUCACAUUGCCCAUGGUUCCUUCAGGAGGGUCCACAGAGAUGGACAUGCAGCGUGCUCCACACCGUCUGACAUGUCUGGACCACCCACUCCUGUCCACACCAGUAGCCCUCUACGCACACAGGAAAGCCCAAGUCCAGGAGGGAGAGAGUAUGAGAUCCGGACCACAGACAUCAUCGGCAGUGACUACGAGGCCUCCCAGCCCCAGGGAGGACAUUGUCGUGCUGAUAUGAUUGUCCAGGAGUCCCCGGAAAACCAAAGAAGCAGCGCAGAGCCAUCAUCCCCCACACAGGCCAUCAAAGACACACAGUCACACACAACCACACCUACACAAAGAGAACCCCACAACCACUGCACUGCACCAACAGACCCACCACCCACCACCCAACAGCAGCACUGUAGUCCAGAUACACCAUCAGCUUCGACAACGCAGAACACCUCAUCUUUUGACUCUGCAACACCAACCACAUCAAACAGGGCACUCUGCCAGGCCCCUUCAUCCCCUAUCCAUACUUCACCUGCACCAGAUACACACUCCCAUCCUGGCCCCCUCUCUCUCCAGAGCCCCCACCCUUCAGAGGCUGCAGCUGUGCCUUCCACUGUGGCUCAGGCAGUGUCCCAGCCUCAGAGCCAGACUCAAACCCAAGCCUCUGGAUUGACAAGACUGACCCCAGCACAGGUCAUCGCAUCUUCUCCAACCAGGGAACCACACCCAGAAACACCAAAGCCCAUCACCCCUACCCUGAACACUACAUCUGCCCCUGCAUCUCCAACCACAGCUUCGUCAUCGUCCCCCCAGCACAUCCCCAGUAGUAUGGAGGGCUCCCCAGUCUCAGAUGCCCCAGUUCCUGGCUUUGCCACUUUGGGUAGGAGGUUGAUGUUGGGUGGGUCUGACCCUCACCAUCCGAACCACAUCCAGCAGCAGGGACCCCAACACCACCACUACCCAGGCAUGGAGCACAGUGUUGCCGGACACAGUCCUGCUCUGGACACUAACAAGAGGCCCUGCUACUCAGCUCACACUCCUCAGAGUCACCCGUCUUCCUACUCCAACUGUUCCACCAUCUCCAUCCCCCUUCCUCACCCCCAGCCGCCUUUGCCAGAGAAGCGCCACCCACCCACCCAGUCAAGUUCACCUAAUGAUGGGAUGGGAACUCUGAGGCCAGCGGUGGGCCAUGUGCCUCCCUCCACUACCAGUACCGGUCAGCAUCAGCACCAUGUCACAUUCUCUCCCACCGUGGGUGAAAUUGCACCCCCUGUAGGCCAAAAUGAUGCCGAGUCAUCUGUGGAGGCUGAGAAUGGGAAUAGGGUCAGUGUGAAGUUUGUUCAGGACAGCUCAAGGUUCUGGUACAAGCCCGGCAUCUCCAGAGAGCAAGCAAUCGCAGCUCUGAAGGAGAGAGAGCCAGGAACCUUCUUGAUCAGGGACAGUAACUCUUUCCAGGGGGCCUAUGGCCUGGCCCUGAAGGUGGCUACACCUCCUCCCAAUGUCAACAACCACAACAGCAAGGUGGGCGACCCCCUGGAACAGCUGGUCAGACACUUCCUGAUAGAAACAGGCCCCCGAGGAGUCAAGAUUAAAGGAUGUCAGAAUGAGCCCUACUUUGGGAGUCUCUCUGCAUUGGUCUACCAGCACUCCAUCACGCCCAUCUCUUUGCCCUGCACUCUGAAGAUCCCAGAAAAAGAUCUGAUAGGGGAGAUGCCCGAGGUUCAACCAGUGAGUAACAUCAGCACCGCUGCUGACCUGCUGAAACAAGGAGCAGCCUGUAACGUCCUCUACCUGAACUCUGUGGAAACAGAGUCUCUGACCGGCCCCCAGGCCAUCGCCAAGGCAACAGAUGCUUCCCUGGGUCGUAACCCGCGUCCCACCGCCACUGUAGUCCAGUUCAAGGUGACAUCGCAGGGCAUCACACUGACCGACAGCCAGCGCAGGGUUUUCUUCAGGAGACAUUACCCGGUCAACAGUGUAACUUUCAGCAGCAUCGACCCAAAGGACAGGAGGUGGACUAACUCAGACAACACCACUGUUAAGGUUUUUGGUUUCGUAGCUAAGAAGCCGGGCAGCCUGGCAGAGAACGUCUGCCACCUGUUUGCCGAGCUGGACCCCGAACAACCUGCCUCCGCCAUCGUCAACUUCAUCAACAAGGUCAUGUUGUCGUCGCGCCGAUAGAGGGAGCCAAAGACAGGGAGCCAAACUCAGACAAGCAGUGAUGUGCAGCAUAUAGUAGUGACGAGGCUUUUGUUGCACAGUAAUGGCCUAGUGCCAGUGCUUGUGUUCUCUGAAUUUGGGCUGUGACACAUCAUUUGAUGUGACAAAGAGUUUCUUUUUUUUUGUUUUUUUUUUUGAAGACAUUUUAAAGGCAAUUUAAAAUCUCAGUCCACAUUCCCUACUGAUGGUUUAUAUUUGUUCAGUUUCCACUCUCGGACAACACAGUACGCUUCAGUUCUCUAACAUAGUCACAUUUUGUCGGAUGGAGAAUCAAAACACAAAACAAAGCCCCGAUGUGUUGUGUUACAACUCCACCGAGGAGGGGGAGGCUUCACAGGACACUUGUGGCCUUCCAAGACAGCAGAAUCUUCUCCAUCUACCAGGGGCCUGUAUCAUGAAGAAGGGUCACUGCGUCGUCCAGCUAUCUCUGGGCAAAACUCAGGUUUUCUGGUGUCAUGAAGCUGGCUCACUUUUAAGCAGGGUAAAUCACCAUGGUAACCUGCUCCAGAGCAGGAUCAGGGCAGAUGAUCACAUCAAAACCUGUGAGCAUGGAGCCAUAAUUGCUACAGGAUGCUGACAUGGACAAAAAGUACUGAGUUGAUAAUAAAGUGACAUGCACAGUCACUUUGCCUACUAUGAUAGUUGUGACAAUGUCAGUCAUGAGAUAGAAGAAAGAUUUUUGUGUCCACUCGGGACUUUUAACCCACAGAGACAUUGACGGGCUAACAAAUGACAAAGAUCAUUUACAUACUAUCUGUUCUUUGUGGAUGAUCUAUUUAUUGUCCAGACUCAUUGCAGAAUAGCCCGGAAACACAUUAUCACAGCUUCUUACUGGGAGUAACGGGAUCUGUUUCACUGAUUCGAGAUGUGCCAGGCUCAGAUGGAAAACAGGUGAUGUCAGGUAGGGCCGUGCACCAAUCAGGAUUGAGCAACAUUUGAGUCUGAUGACUGUCGGUGGGCUAUUUGUGAGUCGUGAGUGUAAACCGAACACACACAGGUAGACCAGACGUUUUGACUGUUAAACUCUUUGUUUUUUUAAACUUUGAUUGCUGCUUUAGUCUUGAAUAUUUAAUGUCAUAGAGAAAUACAACUUUCAGCCCAGUUUUUAGCCACUCACAGUCCUGAUGGUGCGACUGGUUGGUUGUGAUUAAGAACUUUGCCUCUUCCACUGGAACUGUCAUGGCUGGAUUAGAAAACCAGCUGAGCCAGUUAGUAACCAGCUUCAUGGUCCCGGUUGUCCAGGAUCACAGACGUUAGGCUCAGUGAAGCCGGGUGGUUCAAAGAGCGGCAGACUUUGUUGGUUUCAUGAUACAGGCCCCUGGUUAAAUGACUGUUACGUACAGCUGAGUGUUACAACGAUAGAAGAGCUAAAAGCAGCUUUGAGGACACACACAGACGGUCUGUGGAGUGGUUACAAAGAGGAUCUUUCGUUGCACUGUUUUUGGGCAACAAAGCCCAAAUAAUGUUCAGCCUUUUAAAACAGCAGGUGUUUAUGUUGUUUAUUGUUACAAAAUCCUUCAUUUGUCUUUGUAGAAAGUGACCAAAGGCCUGAGGAUGUAAUUCAGUUUCUAUACCUACAGAUGUUCAGGUAUUCAGAUGUGUGUACAGCAUAUUUAGCCACUCUUGCCUUCAACCCCACAACAGCACUUUUCCAAGUGUGACACAUUUAAUCAUAAUCGACAAUCGUGCUCUUUUCCACUCACGUACACUUAAAACCGGAGCGAGAGAGACAUAACUGAUGAAAGUAAACAUGAACGUGAGGUUUUUAACUUUUACUAAGUGUGUGUGCGAGGGGGUGGCGUGCGUGUGUUGAGGGUUUUUGCGUGUCGAGGGUAUUUGGGUAAACAUGUUGGGUAUUGUUACGUCCACUUUAAAAGAAACGUAUGUGCAACGGGGAAAAAGCUCGCGGGGGAUGGACGUACAGUGUUGAAUCGCACCGUUGCCGUGAAAUGUUUGGUGUUCAUUCACUGUUUCACACCUUGUGACCAAAUUCAUUCAAAAACUUGUUCACACACAUAUUAAGUUAAUAAGGACACACAGGUUAACACAUUGAAGCAAGGCGGUGGCCAACAGGCAGACGUACUUAACCAAAGACGAAGCACUCUUGUAUUAAUAAGCUUUUUAUCCAGCUAUAUUUUUGUACUUAUUGCUUCUUGUAUUUUUACUAUGCGUUCAUUUAGUGUGUUGCCUUGUUUGGUAAAAACCAAGAAAAACACUACUUGUAUUACAGCGUUAAUAUAUUGUGGUCUGUUUUCUUGUUGAUCUCUAUAUUAUGUAGUAAUAUAUUUUCACAUGCAGCUAUAGGACAGCGUAUGAGACAUAAAAAAGGAAACAUUGUUUGAAAAGGAAAUUAUGCUAUUUUGUAUGCAAAAAAAAAAAAAUGAAGAAUAGAAUUAAAGUGACAUGAUGUGGUACCUAAAGUGCUCUCGGGUCAGUGGUUAUUUUGGAUUCACGCUCAAACGGCUACAGCUAAUGAUUAUUUUCACUACCAAUAAUCUGCUGAUUAUUUUCUCUACAUGACCUUCAGUUUACUAUGAAAUAAAGAAGCAAGUCCUCACAUUUUACAAAGGAU